GUUUUUUUUUUCUCCACAGUCUUCCCUCAUGGCGGCAGAGAAUCAGGCCGGGCUCGCCGCAGAAGCGACGGUUUCCCUCAGCGGUGGCGGCUCGGAAAACUUGGGAGGCGGCAUGGCCCGGCGGCGCCUUAGCGACCUGCGGGUGAUCGAUUUGCGGGCCGAGCUGAAGCAGCGCAACCUGGACAGCGGAGGCAACAAAAGCGUCCUUCUCGAGCGGCUCCGGAAGGCUAUUGAGGAAGAAGGAGGACACCCUGAUGAGAUUCCAGUGGAGUCAGAAAUAAUCCCCAAGAAAGUGCCAAAGAGAAGCAGCAAAGGGCAGAGGCCUGAGGAAGAGGGAGUAGAGGACAAUGGCCUUGAAGAGGAAUCCGGAGAUGGGCAGGAGGAUAUUGAUGCAAGUUUGGAUAACUUGCAGGAUAUUGACAUGAUGGAUAUUAGUGUGUUAGAUGAAGCGGUCAUAGAUAACAGCAGUGGUGUAGACUGCCGAGAGGAUAGCAGUGCUGAUAGUAGACUUGACUCCCUCUUUGACAGUAAGGAGAGUGCUGAUGCAGAAAGUCGAGGACUUCCAGAGCAGCUGACUGCAGGUGCUCUAGGUAACAUGGAGGCUGCUCUGCCCUUAUCAGACAUGUCAGAAGAAUCAAGAGAAAUACCAGUAGCCAUGAGAGAGAGUGAAGAAGCCAGCAACACCAUAGAUCUAUCAUCUGAUGAUUUUGCAAACAUGAAGGAGCUUGACAAGUUUCCUUUGGAACCAGAAAAUGAGAAAGUGCUCGGCAUUUUGGGUGACACUUGUAAAUCUCAGCCCCUUAAAGAAGAGACGUCCGAAGCGGAGCGGGCGCAGGAAACGAAUAAUUCAUGGCCGGGCAAACAGGAAGCUGAGGAGGAGGAAGAAGAAGAAGAAGAAGAAGCAGGAGGAGAAGACAUGCUGGCCGUCGUCUCUUCCACCCAGUCGGACGAAGACCUUGUAGAUACGGACAGCCAGUCAGGCCCAGCGGUGGCCAAGAGCCAAGAGGACGAAGCAAAGCUCUUAGUGGUAGCGAAAGGGGAGCCCAGCGAGCAGACAGUUGAGGAAGCCAAACCGGACUCGGACUCUUUAGCGGUAGAGAGCAGGAGUGGAGGUGGAGGUGGAGGAGGUGGUGAUGAUGAUGAUAGUAGCAAAGAAGCUCAAACUCUGGAAGCCAGUAGUGAGGCAACCGUGGAAUCGGACACAGGUCCCCAAGUGGUUAGUCCAGAGGCCGAGAAGAUGGAAGUGAAGGCUAAUGUUGAGGAGGAGCCCUCUUCCACUAGAGACUCCUCUGCCCAAGAGGGUGGUGAUCAGAACACGAGCUCAAAUGAGGAGGCGGAGACUAAAAGUGCUUCGAAAGACGAGAAGGGUCGCUCCUCUGCUAGCUCUGGCAGAAAUCUGUGGGUCAGCGGUCUUUCCUCUUCGACCAGAGCGACUGAUCUGAAGAACCUGUUUAGCAAAUACGGCAAGGUGGUAGGUGCUAAAGUAGUCACGAAUGCCCGCAGCCCCGGGGCCCGCUGUUACGGCUUCGUCACCAUGUCCUCGUCUGAGGAAGCCACCAAAUGCAUCAGCCACCUCCAUAGGACAGAACUGCACGGGAAGAUGAUUUCGGUGGAAAAAGCCAAAAACGAACCCGCUGGGAAAAAGCCGUUAGCCGAGAAGAAAGAAAGUGACAGCAAGAAGGAAAAAGACAGGCGGCAUUCGACGGACUCCAAAUCAGAAAAGUCUCUCAACCUUAAAGAAGAAAAAAACGACAAAAACGAGGACUCUCAAAAAGUGGAGGAGAGUGGAGAGGAAAAGCAGGAAAAAGGAACAGAAGAGCAGAAAAACGGGUCAUCUGGACGUUCGCGCUCUGUUAAAUCAGGAAGCCGAGGAGCCGAGCGAACAGUUGUUCUGGACAAAUCCAAAGGGGAGCCGGUGAUUAGCGUGAAAGCCGCAUCCACCUCAAAAGAGAGAAGCACCAAAAGCCACGACCGCAAGUCGGAGAGCAAAGAGAAGCAAGACAUUCUGUCGUUCGAUAAAAUCAAGGAGCAGCGGGAGCGGGAGCGCCAGAGGCAACGCGAACGGGAGAUCCGAGAGACGGAACGGAGGAGGGAACGGGAGCGGAAGGAGCGGGACCAGCACUCACAGGAGGCCCAGGAAUCAGACGAGAGGCAGCGGCUGCAAAAGGAGCGGGAACGGCUGCACAUCCAGAAGCAACGGCUGGAGCGAGAGCGGAUGGAGCGGGAACGGUUGGAGCGGGAGCGGAUGCGCAUCGAGCAGGAGCGGCGGAGGGAGCAGGAGCGCAUCCACCGGGAGCGGGAGGAGUUACGGCGGCAGCACGAGCAGCUGCGCUACGAGCAGGAGCGCCGUUCGGCCUUGCGGAGGCCCUACAACGACGGACGCCGUGACGAUGGUUACUGGCCAGAGCCAAAGCGGAUGGCCAUGGACGACCGAUACCAUUCGGACUUCAGCCGGCAGGAUCGCUUCCACGGCUUUGAUCACAGGGAUCGUGGCCGCUACCAAGACCACUUCGGGGACAGGAGAGAAAGUUCAAGGAUGGUGCCAGACCGAGAUGGACAGCACCAUCCCGACGAGAGGCCUGGGCCUCCCCACGAUCGCCAUUCGCGGGACGGCUGGGCGGGUUACGGGUCAGAGCGGAGGCUGAGCAGAGGCCGAGGUUUACCUCCCCCAUCCCGGCGUGGAGAAUUUGCACAAGGCGGAUCGCAGCACUCGGUCGGGCCAGCGCCCAACAUGCCAGGCGGUUUUGCAAGCCAGGAUAGGACAAGCCGGCCGGCUGACCCGCGUUUCGCUCACCGUUAUUGAAGAUUUUCCUUUUCCGACACGACUCUAUGGCAAGCAGGCUCUGUGGAAUUUUGCUCCCCUGGUUAUGGCCUCGGAACUGUUUUGUUUCCUGAAACAGACGCCCACCACAGUAGCUUGCAGAGGAUGUGAACUCAGUUGUGUUUUGUGUCUGUGUGAGUGUGUGUGUGUGUGUUCCCUCCUUCCCCCUUUCUGCUCUGGAUAUGUUCUUACCGGGACACCGCUCAGUUGUUUCGCAGGAAACAUUCCAUUUUCCACCAAUAAUAAAUCUUACUGUAUUGAG